UCUGGGUAUGGGGGCAGGUAUGCAGGGGGUUGGGUGGACAGGGCAUGUGUCUGAUCUGGCACAGGCCAGGGUGUCCUCAGCCCUGCCCCCCCCCUCCCCCGCAGUGAUUUACCUCUCCACGAGAUGCUCCAGGUGCCCAAAAUGAUACAUCCACGCUGCUGGGGAGGGGCACGUGACCACUCUUGCAGCUUCCUUUUGCUUCCCUGUCAGAAAGACAUCUAAUUUGGUGUGAAGAAAAGCACACAGUAAGAAAGAAAAUACUAAAACUGAAACAAUCCAUAGGGAUAUAGGAAAUUCUUAGUGCCCAGGAAGGAAGCUUAUUUAGUUUUUUCCAGCAAAGCACUUAAGUACAUGUUUAAGCAUUUGCUGUAGUGUUUGUUGAGUUAGCCAUCAUACUUGUGAUCUACAAUAUAAUCUACUUAUCAACCCUUUUUUUCAAACUAAUAUAGUUGCUACCAUUGCUGUAGAUGAGUAAAGACUUCUCACUUAACCAAAACAAAAGCAGUUUUCCUGCACAGGAAGACAUUGGAGAAAUUCUAAAUAGUGGCAAACAAUGGUUCGUAGUGGAAAGAAUGGUGGGCUCCAUCUGAAACAAAUCUCCUAUUACAAACGAACAGGAGAAUAUCAUCCAACUACGUUAGCAAGUGAGAGAAGUGGAAUAAGAAGAGCAGCCAAAAAAUUUGUUUUCAAAGAAAAUAAGUUGUUCUAUGUGGGAAAAGACAGGAAACAGAUGCGUUUGGUAAUUGUUUCAGAUGAGGAGAAGAAGAGAGUGCUACGCAAAUGCCAUGAAAGUGCUGCAGGUGCUCAUCAUGGCAUAUCGAGGACUCUGACUCUGGUGGAGUCUAGUUACUACUGGACUUCCAUAACAAAUGACGUCAAACAAUGGGUGUAUGCUUGCCAGCAUUGCCAGGUGGCAAAGAAUACAGCAAUCAUAGUACCCAAAUUACACCCUAUCAAAGCAGAGGAUCCAUGGACUGCAGUCACAAUAGACCUAAUGGGACCUUUUAAUACCACCCGCAGAAACCAUAUGUAUGUCAUAAUGAUGACAGAUCUGUUCACAAAAUGGGUGGUGGUUCUGCCACUACAAGACACUUCAGCGGUAGAAAUUGCUAAGGCAAUUGUCAGUGUGUUUUUCUUGUAUGGACCGCUUAAAAAAAUGGUUAUUGAUCAAGCAGAAGAGUUUGUUCAUCAGAUCAACAGAGAACUAUUUGAGCUCUUUGGAAUGAAACAAAUAGUAUUGUCCUAUCCUCAGACAGAUGACACAAAUGAAAGAACAUGCAAGACAAUCAAGACUUUCCUGAACAAGUACUGUGCAGACCACCCCAAUGACUGGGAUGAUAAUUUAUCUGCCAUUGCAUAUGCUUUUAACUUGACUCCCAUGGCGCCAGUCCAAAACACACCAUAUUUCCAAAUGUUUAAUCGUAACCCUUAUGUGUCUGAGACUUCAAAUGUACCACAGGAAGCACAAGAGGAUAAUAAAUGUAUGUUUGCCAAAAUCCUUGAAGCAAUUAAACAGGCUGAUCGAGUAUUGGAGGAAAGGAAAGCUACAAAAUGCCAGAUUGUGAAAAAUAGUAUUGAUGAACAGCAAACUGGAAACAAGGUCAAUAUUAAAAGGAAGCCAAAGCAAGUAAAUCCAUUUCAUCUUAAAGUUGGACAUGAAGUGCUUAGACAAAGGAAAAACUGGUGGAAAGAUGGCCGUUUCCAAUCAGAGUGGGUUGGUCCCUGUAUUAUAGACUACAUCACAGAUAAUGGAUGUGCAAUACUAAGAGAUACCACAGGAUCCAGACUAAAAAGACCCAUCAAAAUGUCUCACCUUAAGCCAUACGUAAGAAGAUCCAAUGGACAAGACAACCGUUAUCUCUUACAAGGUGCAAUAGUGGUUGACCAUGACUACGUUGGCUUAUCGGAAAGUUUGUAUGGGCUAUGCCCACAAGAUACCAUUGCCGAAGGGGAAGUAAAUACCCUUGCAGCAAACAAUCUGCUGCCUCCACCCUGCAAAGAUGGUGAACCAUCAGAAUGUAAAAGUCGGUCUGAGUUUACUGAAGAUCAUAGCAUUCUGCCAGCUAACUCAAAUCCAGAACAAUGGUCUUCAGCCUGUUGGACUCUUCAAACCAAGCUAGAGGAUACUUAAUAAAAUCCCACAAUGUUUCACUAGAAGAAAUGGUCCUAUUCUUCUCUGGUGGAAUGGAAAGGACUUUAGUAGCUUUAAAUUCCUUAGCCAAGUUUUAAAUAUUGAAAUGUUAGAUACUAUUAUUCCCAAACAUAUACAGUUGUAAAUACAAGUAUGUGUCUGGUAAUUAGUUUGUAUAUAUGCACUGACAUGCUAUGCUUGUUUUACAAGGAAUAUGGGAAUAGUUUAGUAAAAGCACAUUUCACCACUAUACAAUGGGCAGUGUGGUCCUAGCCACAGCACAUUAGUCCUUAACCACAGAACUACAGCAUAGCAUUCCAUUUUAUGGCCUCUUCACUAGUCAUGUGCGUGGUUCAAGAGCUCUGACAGCUCCAGGACUGUAAGCUGAACAACCUGACCAAAGUCUGCCUCCAGGAAGGUGAAGUGGUUCACACCCUCUUACUAUUCUACAACUUUGUUUCCAGCUCUUUGGGGAAGGUGUGAGCUCUGCCUUUUAUACCUUCUAUUCUUCAUCGCUGGCACAAGACUCUACAACCACAUGAAAUAGCAGAGCUGCCAAAGCGCAGUGCAAGAACUGUUCUGCUUGAGAAACAAAUAGCUCUACAGUGACAUAGGCAGAAUUUCACCAGUUUUACUCCUAGCCCAUCAAAACGCUUUAAGGAAAGGAGGUUUUUAGUCUUUUAGUCACGUUGAGGCUGCCUAAAGCACAAACAGGGACUGUCUCUGCUCAUCUCCAUAUCAUCUUCAAAGCAAAUCUCAGAUGUAGCCUCCUUGCAGCGUGAGCACCACACCAAUGGGUUUGUGUAGGUGCUUAGGACUGCCUGGCUGGAUGCUUAGUCUGUCCCUGUCAUGGGUGAUUUUUAUCAUGCCAUCAUGUGAUUGACCGUGUAGUGACAGUCCUUGGUAAAUGUGUUGUGUGGUUCACUGAUCUUCCAGCUCUGAAUCUGUCUGCAGUCUCCCUUACCAUACUUUCUUUUCAUAAAAAAAAACUUGCUCUAAACCUAGGAAGAGCCCUGCUCUUCCUGACAUCCCCACAUCUUACCUUGUCUCUCUCUGAAAAUUUACUAAGAUGAGUUGUGAGCUGGAGGGGAGAAAAAUUACCAUGUGUGCAUGCAUAGGAGCUUUUGUACUUGUGUGCUUGGUGCUGUGGUGCACCUUUCAGAGUCCCAGAACCACAAAACAACACAAUGGGGCUAGAUCCAGGAACCAUGGAAGUAGAUAAUUACCACUCAUUGAUUAAGCGAAGGAGCCCAGGGCUGGGAGCUUUAGUCUAAUCUCUUUCACUGACUGGCGUUACUUGUUUUCUGCACUUCGUGACCCCUAUUGUUGACCAAGGCUUCAUACUUCCAGUGCUAUUCCCCUUAGUUCAUAGUUUUGAUAACAGUACUAGAAGAUGCAGAAGAAGAGCUGGUUGGAAAAUAAUUCUUCUGCCUGAGGGAAAAUUUAAUGAAAAGUUAGUUUCACUUUUUUUUUCAUGGAGAAUUUUGAUUUUUUUGGUAAAAAUUGAAAACCAAAAAAUUUCAGCUGAAAACCAAAAUCUUCAUUUUGGCAAUACCCCCACAGGGCAGAUGGGGAGUAUAAAUUUAGGUACCUUAUGCCCCCAUUCCUCUCUUUGGGAUGGGCUCCCUGGCCAGCCUGUAUCUCCCCACUUGCCUAGCUGCUGUGGUACAUCAUUGGAAACUUGGUCUAAUGGGUGAGCCUGGCCCCUAGAGGAAAAUGGGGGCAUGAGGCACCAUGCUAGCGUUUCCUAAUCUGAUUUUUUGGGGUUUGGCCCAAACCUUUUCAAGUGAUAAAUUUUUGGACAAAAAGUAGAAAUAGCUGCAACAAGCAGACAUUACUCGUGAAAAAAUUAUUUUUGUCAUAAACCCAAUUUGCCACUGCUAAACAGUUUUCAUUGAAAAUUGCUUAUUGAAGGCUCAGCUAGGAAGGGAACCCAGGACCAAGAUUUUCAAAAGCUGCUAUUGAAUCUAGGUGGCCAGUAUGAGAUGCCUGUAAAAGAGACUUAACUGUAAAAACUGCCGAGUGUCCUCUGGAAAAUCAGGUCCUGAACAUAGAGGAACUCAGUUUUGCCCACUAAGUGACACUGCCUGUUGGAAAGAAUAUGCAAAACCUAGGUGCUUUGCUAUGCUGUCUGUAAAAUAAGUCUGCUUUCCACAUACCCACUUUACCAAGCACUUUUGAGACCCACGGAUGACUGAGGGUUAUAUCAUUCAUAGACAAAUACACAGUAACCAGGAAACCUAUAUCUCAGACCCCUGCUUUAACCACCAGUUUGCACUCGCCUCCCAGAACCAAGAACAGAAUCCAGUAAUCCUGAUCUCCAGCAUCCUAGUGCUAUCUAGAAAACAGUGGUGCAUAAUGCACUUUCUUUGGCUCGGUCUUAAAACUUUUUAAAAAUAAAAUCUUAGGAAAUUCCAUUUACAAAACCAUCAUUAUUAAGGUUAAAAAGCCAAGCAUUCAAAUAGGAAAUAACUGUAACCUUAAUUGUGCCCAUGUGCUUUACCAAAAAUUUAUCACUUGAAAAGGUUUGGGCCAAACCCCAAAAAAUCAGAUUAGGAAACGCUAGCAUGGUGCCUCAUAUCAUAUAAUCUGGAGUUAUAGGAUCACAUACUAUUUUUAUAGGACUCCUGUUUUGAAGUAGAGGGCCAGCUGUUCUGAACCAUUGCAUGCUCCCUGUAUUCCUAUAUUUUUCCCAAUUGGAAUUUCACCCAUCAGGGGUCAGCCUGGCAGCGCCAGCUCCUCUAACCUCACGUCCAUAGCAUAAGAUGCACUCUAGCAGUCCCCAGCUAGGGGACAGUCUCUUGGCUUCAGGAAUAAGAUCAGACAGAGAACUAGGGAGCUGCCUCCUUUGUUUCCCUCACCCCCCUGUGGGGUUCAGCAGAGCAUCUGACCUGGAUGUUUUUCACCAGAUACUAACUGGCCUUCUCUAUGUUUGUGCAAUACCUAGCCUCAUGGGGCCCUGAUCCAGAUUGAGGUCUCCAGGCAUCAGUAUAAUACAAAUAAUUAAUGAGCGCUUUCGUAGUUACAGUGCCCAAAAUAGAGAGCACCAAACUGACUAUGUGUUGGACAGGAAAGUAAAGGGUUGAAUGCACUAAAAGGAAUGACUAGAAUACAUGAUACUAAUAUUUCAUAUUUCCUGGUAAUUGCACAGUGGCAGCUACACAUGAGCUCCUCAGCUCAGCUGACUAGAUCCCUCGCUGGGUGUAUAUAUAGUCAGGAAGAUAUUUAAGAGUUUUAGGCAAAUUAGCAAAAGGAAUUGGGAAUUUCUGGAGACUUGUUCAAAUUUGUCGUAACAGCCAGGAGCAAAAUUGGAAGAAAGGCAGGAGAAAGUCUGAACCAUUUCUGCAGGUAGGGUUGACAACCAGCCAUGCUCAGAGAAGUAUCAUAGAAAUACUUCAUACACUUAUUAUAGAAAACUAUUCUACUGACUCUGUUUCUGACAUUCAUUGAGUUCUGUCUUCCAGGAGAAAACUCAGACCCACUGUUUCAUCAAGACUGCCUGUCUGCUCUAUUCACUGCACAUGCAUUUAAUUUACAAGGGGACACGCCUCAACUUCCCUAGUCAAUUCUUUAAAGGGUGGUUUGUGACACAUUGUGGUGUUUAUAACUAGAAGGGGGAAAAAAUGAGCAAAUAUGUUCAGGGAAUUCAGAGAGAGAGAGAGAGGUGAAGUUGGUGAAUUCCCCAGUAUAGAAACAUGAAAAUGUUUCUAUCUGGUUAGUGUACUAGAAUUAUUUACAUAUGCAGUUAGUUGAAAUAAAUGAUGGAAAUUCACUAUGCUAUAGUAAGAGGGUCUUGUUCAACAGUAGAUGUGUGUUUAAACAAGGGAGCCCAGAGUAUAACAGUGACUUCUUGACCUUGCCAUUUCUCCUGCGGGGGUGGUUAUAAACAUACUAUCCUAAAAUGUUUACUUUUUAAGUACGGACAAUGUAUGGACAGUUCUUAGCUUUUUGCAGUAGGCUUAAUAUUCCACAGUGGAGAAGGCUGUUAUGAGUCAUCAUGUGCUUUUCACAACAGGCAGCUCUUGGAAAUGUCAUUCUUCAGGACUAGAUUAAUUUCUUAUUCAUGUGUACAGCCAAGAUCCAUGACCUUUUGUGACACGUAGUUAUUUUAAUGAUCUAGCAUAAUAAACUGUUAUCACAGAAA